GUAAAGACGCGUGUCGGUUUGGGUGGCGUUGGCAGUGGCGGUGGCAGUCGCUACAAAGUGACUGCACGCUGCGUGCCUGAAGUAAGCAUAACCUCACCGACCGAUGGGCAUUAUCAUGAAUUACAGCCACCAUCAUCGAUAUCAUCAGCAUCCCCAUCAACACCAUCGCCACAACAAGCAGCAACAUCUCAUGUGCAUUCACCACAACUCGCCAAUCAUCAUUCAACUGAACAGCUGCUACCAAAAGCAACAACACAAUCACCACAUCAACAACAACAUUCAGAAACUCAGCAUCAGCCACAGUCACACCAUAAACAACAACAUAAACAACAUAAGAAAUCGAAGAGCAAAUCAAGUAGUAAUAGCAACAGCCACUGCUAUAGCAACUACAACUACAACAACAUCAACAGCAUUAACAAAAGCAACAGCCACAGCCAAAGUCAAAGCCAACAUAGCCACAAUAGUAGUAACAGUAAAUCUUAUCCGCUGCGCAGUAAGCACACUAACAACAUUUAUUCAUCAGGAGCCACACUGGUGGAGGAGGAGGACUUCAAUGAAUUGACGGCGGUGCCCACAGCAACAAUUGUGAUAGCGACAAACGCCAACGGUAUAGUGCGCGUGAGUCCGCACACAACUGCCAACGGCAGUAUCGGCACAGGCGUCAACACGGGCACCAGCACUGGCACUGGCACUGGCAAAGGAACACGUCGCCAACUACCACCACCCUUGAAGUUGACCGCUGCCACAACGUCAAGUCCAACAACGAUUGCCGCACCAACGAAAAAUGUGCUACAACGCCAACGGGCGACCCAGCAACAACAACAGCAGCACGCGAGUCCCACAUCAGCCACAUUGAAAUUGACGACCCAAGCCAGCGAGGAGAGCCAACCCACUGAAUUGACGCCUUUGGUGGACGCAGACGACAUAACACUAAGUCAGAGUCCAAUAACGCCUACACCUUCCUCGAAUACGAACACCGCCAGCUCAACGCAGCGUUCGAAUAGCACAGCGAUCGCCGCUUCUGUGUCGCCUACUAGUGUUGGUGUAGCCGCAGCAUCGCAGUUUUGUGGCGGCUUAACGCCCGCCACAUCCACAGCAAGCAUCAUCGCCACAGUCGGUGCCGCAAAUUCGCCGAACGUUUACGGUCAACAGUCCAGUGUGCCGUCUGCGUCGACUGUGCCACCACCUACAGUCGUUGCCGCAGCCGCCGCCGCUGCUGCUACAACCACCACCUACAGCCACAACUCGAAAACGACCCGUUCAUGGCCGGUGAUCUAUCGUAAUCCACAUCACUACGACUACGAAGCACUCUACGUGCAGGCCACCAGCGGCAGCGGAAAACCUUCGAGCGGGAGCAAUCACCACUAUUACCAUCAGCCGCCGAACCAUUAUCAAAUCAGUAGCACCGGUUUUAAGCAGAACUGUUAUUCUAAUCAAUUUGCCCAAUCAAUUUUGUAUACGUCGAGCAAUGAGGACUUGAGCGCGAUCAAUGAGCAAGGCGGUAGCGUGGGCGGACUCAAUGGUGUGGCAGGCGGUACUUCAGGAGGCAGCAGCACCUUCGGUAUUGGCAACGGCCACAGCAACCUUAACAACACAAACAACAAUACACAAACGACGUGUUACUACUUUGCGCCCAGUCGGCACAACAGCAUUUAUGAACACCCAUCAGCUGUGGUGCACAAUUCACUACCCUUCGAUCCAUCCGCGGCAACAACUGCAGCCGCAGCAGCGGCUGUUGAAAGUUUGAGACGCAGCAAUAGCAUCCUGUUGCGAAAUAGUAGCUGCGCUAAGGCGCUGAACCAAAGCGGCGGAGGCAUUGCCGACGGCACAGGCGGUGGCCUCGGCACGCCAACUUCACUGAACUCGGCUAUGGAAAUGGGUAGUGGAACAGGCGCUACGUCUUUUUGUUCCAACUGCUGCGUCGGUCCACCGCCGGUGCUAUUCCUGUUCGUGACGCUGCUGAUGACCACUAGUGCAACAGCUAUGCUCUGCGCAGCGAUUAUGACUGAUCACUGGGAGCAUGUGACAUGGGAUCGGAACAGCUUGGAUAGGUACACAAAUCGUUCGAGUAUGCAGUUGGAGUGGAUGUUGAACGAUAAGGUAGCGAUGCUAAAGCCGGACAAGAAAGCGGAAUAUCGUUUUCGACGAGAUACCGUUUUUUUGGUACCCAUGCAUGGUGGCAUUUGGACGCUUUGCAUAGAUUUGCCGAUGCAAGAGCUGCAAGAGCUUCGACGACAUCCGAAAUUCCCACGUGGCGCACCACCUUGCGUCAACUAUCUAGCCGGCUCGAUGGAGAAUGCACGAGGCGAAGAGCAGCGCAACGAUUGGCAACAUAGAAUGCAAAAUCUGUCAAUUUCCUGCUCGUUGGUUUGCUUAAUUAUACUGGGUAGUGCGGCAUUGGUGGGCGCUUUCGGUGUUUGUCAGCGCCAAAUCAGCGCCAUACUUAUUACAGGCGUCAUGUAUCUACUGGCGGCACUUUUUGCACUCUUCACGCUCAUGAUCAUACAUUUUAAGCGCCAGCAAGGACGUCCCAUGCUAGAUAGUGAUUACGAUGGCACCGUUGAUGGUAUUGUGGCGCGCCCGGGCGGCGUAGCCAUCAUGGCCAAACCAUUAUUAGGCGCACGCAUAUUUCUGACAUCAUGGAGUUUGGAUUUGGGUUGGGGCGGUGUGGUGUUGUGCGGCAUAACGUCGGUGCUUUGGAUUUUACUAUCGAAGAUUAUGCGUUACAAUCCAUUUUCAGCGCUAAUGAUUUAGUUGGAUGAGGCGAAUAAGUUACAGUGGACUAGAAUGAGUUGUGGCACAUCGAGGAUAGAACGGCGAUAAUAAAUCAGUACAUUUUGCUAAGAUCACACAUAUGUACCUAUGUGCAUAUGCAUACUAAUAUUCAAGGGCAAUGUUUGUGAACAUUCAAAUCGA